AUGAUGAUCACUGAAAAAAACCAUAGUGGUACUCCAGUCAUUUUCAUUCUCUUGGGAUUUUCUGACUACCCAGAAUUUCAGAUUCCUUUCUUCCUGAUAUUUUUGACCAUCUAUGUAAUCACUGUGAUGGGGAAUCUUGGAAUGACUGCAAUCAUUAUCAUGAACCCCAAAUUACAUAUUCCAAUGUAUUUUUUCCUUAAGCACCUAUCUUUUGUGGAUUUCUGUUCCUCCACUGUUGUUGCACCAAAGCUGCUGGAAAACUUAGUUGCAAAGGAUAGAAUAGUGUCUAUUUCUAUCUGCAUCACACAAUUCUUCUUUUUUGCUACCUAUGCUUUGACUGACACCUUCAUGUUGGCAGUGAUGGCAUAUGAUCGCUUUGUGGCCAUUUGUUAUCCCCUUUUAUACAUGGUCAUCAUGUCCCAGAAACGUUGUGUCUUGUUGGUGGUGGCAGCAUACUCCUGGGGCACACUCUUCUCUCUGCUCUUCACCUAUUCUCUCCUUACAUUAUCUUUUUGUGGGACUAACAUCAUUGAUAAUUUUGUCUGUGACUAUUCUGGAAUACUUUAUGCUGCCUGCUCUGAUAAACAUUUUAGUGAGAUGAUUCUUUUUAUAGUUACUAAUUUUAAUAUGCUGAGCACACUCCUGGUCAUAAUUUCUUCUUAUAUUUUUAUUUUUGUAACUGUCAUGAAGAUGCAUUCAGCUGGAGCAAGGAAUAAGGCUUUCUCUACUUGUGCCUCUCACCUGACAGCUGUUGGAGUCUUUUAUGGAACAAUCUUAUUCCUGUACUGUAUACCCAAUAUUAAAAGCUCCUGGUUUACAGCUAAAUUGGGAUCUGUUUUCUAUGCAGUAGUCAUCCCCAUGCUGAACCCCCUUAUAUACAGUCUGAGGAACAAUGAAGUGAAGGACAUACUCAGGAAGCUAAUGGGCAAAAUAUGAUUUCUGAGUAAAUUACU